AGGGCGUGUGCAGCCUGUCCAGGCGGUUUAUCUACUGAUGACAAGACAAAAUUGGGAGAAUCUCACCAUGGAGGUCAAAAUGUUGGUUUGUGGCGUUGUGCUCAUCAUUUUAGCGGUUACAGGAAGUAAUGCACAGUUAGAUGUUUGUGGCACUGCGCCGCUCAACACCAGGAUCGUAGGAGGGGCGAAUGCUCCUGCAGGGUCGUGGCCCUGGCAGGCCAGUCUGCAGAGCAACGGAUUUCAUUUCUGUGGAGGCUCCCUGAUCAACGACCAGUGGAUCCUGACUGCUGCUCACUGCUUCCCCAGCACCCCAUCCGGUCUCACCGUUAACCUCGGUCUUGAAGCCCUAGACUUGUCGAAUACAAAUGGGAUCUCAGGGUCUGUGUCCCAGAUCAUCAAGCAUCCGAACUUUGAUAGCAAGACGCUCGAUAACGACAUAGCCUUGCUGAAGCUGUCCUCACCUGUUACCUUCACCAAGUUCAUCAGACCCGUGUGUCUGGCGGCGGGCGGCAGCGUCUUUAACGCCGGGACGACCUGCUGGGUCACCGGAUGGGGGAGAAUCCAAACUGGAAUUUCACUUCCUCCCCCAAAGACCCUACAGGAGGUGAGAGUUCCCAUCGUGUCCAACAGUGAUUGUAACGCUGCCUACGGUACAAUCACAAGCAACAUGAUCUGUGCCGGUGUGACCCAGGGAGGACAGGGCACCUGCCAGGGGGAUUCAGGCGGCCCGCUGGUGAAAAAUAACGGCUCUGUCUGGGUCCAGGCUGGAGUGGUGAGCUUUGGAUCAGAUCAAGGCUGUGCCGUGGCUAAUGUGCCAGAAGGCUUCACCCGAGUGUCCCAGUUUCAGUCCUGGAUCAACAGCCAGAUCCCAACCAACCAGCCGGGCUUCGUCCUCUUUGGAACCGCUCACCUGGUUUCUCUCUCGGUUCCUCUGCUGCUGUCCAUCGUACCUGUUGCCUUCUCCUUCUCUGUCCUUUCAUAGUUUAAUGAUUAUGGCACCAGGAUAAGUCAAACUCUCUGCCU